UUUCAGUUUGAUCGUGAACACGGCCGAGUGCGCAUGUGUUUUUCAUUUGCUUGUACAACUGAAAAGAAAUAUCCAAAACACAUUUCGCAGCCUGUAUCAAUAACACUUCUACUGUGUUUCAUCGAUUCUUACCACAUUUUCUCUCUCUCUCUCGUAAUUCUUAGUUUACAAUCGAAAUUUGUGCCUAUUCGAAUUUGGUUUUUCUUCGUUUGAAUUUCUAUUGCAAAAUCUUUACCAAAAUCCAUCAACAAAUUAGUCACCCGAAAAUAAGAUCAAUCAUCGACAAGUAGACAUCGGAAAAUCCAACGAAUUUCCAAGUUAUCAAUCGAAAAUUUCGCCAUCAAUCGAAAACUACAUUUCACACGGGUGAAUAUAUUACGAUUUAGGUAACACAACUGCUGAUCCCAUCUAGAAGGAAGUUAUCGGAGGAUAAAACCAAAAGAGAAAAGAAAAUAAUCGAAACAGACGGAUUUUUGUUGUUGAAAUAAAUUUCUUUUGUUCCAACCGAACGGCAAAACCUGUGGGAGUAUUUCUUAAAUGUACUUUUCAUCGACACCGUCAAGCGAUUCGUAUGUGUCAAAGACCACAACAGCAAGUUUGGUUUUCCGCAUAAAUAUUGCUACAAAAUUUCCAACAAAAAUCAACAACAUACAACCAGAGUUACAUAAGCGAUUCAAAAGUGCCAUUCAUUAAUUUUGGUUUCUUUUGAUGAGAUCCGCUUCGUCUGUGAGUAAAGCCAAUGUAAUUUUGCUCGGUACAAAAGGGUGUAUUUCAAAGUGUUAAUUCUCCGCAUAAGAUCAAUCGAAGCAGAUACAUAAAAGAAGUUCUAGUGCUGCUUAAGGCCAACACAUUGACAUCACAUCGACAUCACAUCGACAACCAAAACGGCACAAAACAUUUAAUUAGAUAUUAUUCAACAAGCAACCGAAUAAUACGAAACGAGAUCAAAAGUACAGAAGAAGAAAGAAAAAACACUGUCAAAAGGAAAUAAGAAAUACAAUUUUCUUGUUUGAGCGAUCUGACCGUAUUUGUUGCAUGCGAACAGACACAAGCACGAUACAAUCAUUAACAUCGAUAAAAACUGCAUUUCAGACCAAUAUAGAGGAAGAGAAAAAAAAACUGCGUUCAAUCAAUACUGGUUUAUAUUUAAUAAAAGUUGUGAGUAUCCAACGCCAGCCGAUCACGCAAAAACUGCAAAAAAACAGCUCCAAAACGGUCAGCCAUUCAAUUCACUCAAGUCGAAUUGCAAACUAUUAGCGGUUUAUGAGAUAUUUUUCAGCCAUAUUUUACAACAUCGGACGACAUGUUAUCAAAUGAAACACCUUGCAAUUGCGAAUGAAUCGACAUCCACAGCAACAAAAAGAGCAACAAAUGAUAAAUAUUAAUAAAAUAAUUUGUCCGCCUUAGUCAAAGACACAAACAGAGAAGAUUCUCAACAGCCGCAGUGGCAUCUCGAGUAUUCACCGCCGUAUGCAGAAACCAUUGUCUUAAGCGAACAAAAGCAUUUGCGGUGAACAACGAUACGAUACGAUUCGAAAAUAAGUUCGUACUGCACAAGCUAUAAAUGCAACCAGAAUUAAACAAUCAAAAUAGAAAAACGUGCACGAAAAUUAACGGCAUUCGGGUGCAUAUGCGGUAAGAAAACUGACAGAAAAGCAUCGAAAAAGCAGCGCAUAAAGAAAGAGGCCCAUUUUACACACAACCGUUGUUGGAAUAAGUGAGUGCAAUUGAAACAAUUUGAUUAUUAGGAAAAGUGUAAGAGUGUGAACUGCAAACGGUACACAGUAAAAGUGCAAGUGAAAUUUUUGUUGUUGCUUUUAUUCAGUUGCGCCAGCUCCAAUGCAGUGAACGAAAAUUGAAUUUGAAAUUGUAUGGAAAAAGGCAAACUGAACAAACGAACGAACGAACGAACGAAAGCAAAUAAGAAAGAAAAACAAAAUCACGUGUGAGUGUAUUGCACCAAUCAAAAAGUCAGAAGAAAAUUACAACUUGAUUGAUUGUCUGAGAUCUUCUUCGCGCUUCUCAUCGUCGAUUUUUGAGCGAGAAAAAAACCAACACACACACACACCAAAUUUCACCAAACAUUUCAUUUUUCUAUUAUUGAUAGCAGCAAGUAAAAUUGAGUGUUUCGCUCACCUAAAAGACUUUUUUUUCACUGGAAGUAAUCAACCGCGACCGAAGAAGUGAAAGAAGCUACGAAUUAUCUAAAGUUCGAAUAAUAACAACAAUAAUAAUAAAAGCACACAUAUUUCAAUAAGAAGCCCUAGUACCAGCGAACAACCGUAUACCGAAUGUACACAAAGUAUUCAAAAGGGAAGACAAAAUAAAGUAAAAUAAAAAUUAACUCGGUAAAAAAUAAAAAAAGGCCAAUAAAUAAUACCUAAUCAUAAUUCAUAAUCAUCGAAAGUUUGCCAAUUCGGUGGAGUCGACACACUUACACACGACGGCGUGUUAAUCGGCACAGGCAUGUCUGAUAGUAAACGCGACAAAACCUCGCAGCAACAUAAAAGCGUACGUAGUGAAUGAACAUCAAAAAUCCAGCACUGGCAAUAAACCUGGUGACGAAAACCGAGAAAUUGUUGCCUAUACGAACGAGCAGCCAAUAAGCAGAGAGUUCGAUUCAGAGUCGAACGAAACGCAGAAAUCAACAAAUCUUUCGGAAACGCUAUAAACUGAGCUGUCAAUCGAGAUUCACAACUGAGUGAAAGUUCAUCGAUAAAUUUUUCGGAACGAUACCAAAUCUACCGCAAAAUCAUACAACAAAGUACCAAAAUCAAUUAUCGUCACUCUUAUUGAAUUUCCCGGGUGCCAGAAGACAAUCCGAGCCUUCGAAGCAGCGUGUGUGAAUGAUAACAAAGCCGAUUAUUUACUGAAAGUUUAUUAGUCAACGGCCUCUCCCCGAAUUAGAAGAUAUUUUUUUUCUAUUGUGUUCGAACAACAACAACAAAAGGCUAAGAAAAUGGUGUCACGCAGAAAGAUUCUGUCGCGUUCGCGCGAUGACUUGAGUGUCGAGCAGCCGUACGUGCCGGAGGAAGAAGAAGAUGUUUGGUAUCAAAAAGACAAAUUAUUCAAAGAACACAUUCAAGAAGUGCUUGACAAAUGGGAUCAAAUUGACGAUGAGAUUUGGGCCAAACUGAUCGUAUUCGAAGGUAAUCGGCGUGUAGCCAAAGCUUAUGCACGCGCUCCAAUCCUAACGAUAAAUAACUCCGAUGAUGGAUUCGAUGGAAUGAGAAUUGGAUUGUGUGGCUUUGAAAAUCCGAUGAGAAGUCCAAAAACGGACGAGCUUAAACGCCAAAUCGGCCAGGGUGUGAAAAUUAAAAUGGAUGAUGCCGGUAACAUUUUGAUACGUCGCUAUUCGCGGAGCAAUGUUUAUAUAAAAAGUACCGCCAGCAGUUCUAAAGAUGAGACGGCCAUUGGCAAUGAAAUUCUGAAAUUGCCCAAUCAAGCGUUGGAAAUUGAAAAAAUUUCGAAACUUUUUGAUGUAAAAAAAUUCCAAUCGAAUAUAAGCCGUGAAUUGAAGCAAGCUUAUCCCGAUCGGCGACGCCUCGAGUUACAGUGUUUGUCGGCCAUAUCGUUUGUACGAACCGAAACCGAUGUACUGGAUUGUCCAAUAUGGGUUCUCAUUUUGAAUGUAGUUGCCAUGGACAUGUUGAAAAGUAAAAUGCCGCCAAUGCAACGCCCCGUUAACGUCAAAAGUCGACCACGGUUACCGAUUCCCGAUGACGAAGAUCCGUACAGCAUUGCCGGAAAUAAUUGCAUUAGCAAUGAAAAUUCAGAUAGUUCUGGAUACAGCGGUAGCAGCAAUAGUAACGGUCAUUCAUCGGUGGCAUCAACACAAAGAGAACGAGAUCAAAAGUUUUACAUGGUGAAUACGUCACAACAACAAUCGAAACCAAAACGCAGCAGCAGCGGUAGUAGUAAUGGUAGCAACGAUCAAAAUCCACCACAGCUUCCUCCACGCGAUACCAGUAUUUAUUCACAUGAAUUACCUAUGCCGGACUAUGAUGACGAUGUUGAAAAUGGUACCCAUCAAAAUAACAACAACAACAACAACAACAUUAAUAAUACUAUUAACAGCAACCAUAAUAAUAAUAGCAGUAAAUUGAAAUUAUUCUUUAGAAGCAAAUCAAAGGAAUCGGAACGAAAGAAGCAUGUUAUUGAAGAUCCAUAUUACUGUGGAUUAAGUGCUCGUGUACCGAAAUUCGAUCGAAUUACUCCAUUGAAAAAAUCGAAUAAAAAUCAAAAUGUCAUUGUGCCAAAACGAAUGUCAGUUGCAUACUUGCAACACCCAAUGAUUUUUACGCCAACAACCGGAACAUCAACCGGCAACGGGUAUCCAGCGCAACACCCGAUCAAACCACAACAAUUUACCAAGCAAAAGCAAUGCCUAAUGCCUCGACGCAAUUAUCAGCAAAUGAUGUGGCAUGCACGCAGCAUGGAAAGCGGUUUAGAAAUUGAUCUUUUGAAAUGAUUCUUCUAAGUGGAAUUUGUUGUUCAUUUGACAUUUCUUCCAAAUAUGUAGAUUAUCCAUCCGAAUUCAAUCCCAACUCAAAUUUCUUUGGACUCAAUCGACAAGAUCUUCGGAAUUUAGCCAGACGUAAUGUUUGAAUGGAUCAAAAUUUUAGCUGAUUUCAACCAAGUCGUUUUGUUUUACGGUAU